AUGUUGCUGGGCCUUGAAGUCAAAGAAGGAUCCUGCAACCACGACUUCAAUAGAGAUAAAAGCCCAAUGUUUGAUGUUCCUCAUUCUGUUCAAAUCAAAAACCCUAACGUCCUCCUGCCUCCGUUCCAUCAGCAAUGACAGGAGAACCAGUGAACCCCAAAGCUUACCCUUUGGCUGAUGCCCAGCUCACAAUAACCAUACUAGAUCUUGUUCAGCAAGCUGCAAACUAUAAACAGCUCAAAAAAGGUGCAAAUGAAGCCACCAAGACUCUUAACAGAGGUAUCUCUGAGUUUGUUGUAAUGGCUGCUGAUACUGAGCCCCUUGAGAUUCUUCUCCAUCUCCCUCUACUUGCUGAGGACAAGAAUGUUCCCUAUGUGUUUGUCCCAUCAAAACAAGCACUUGGACGUGCCUGUGGGGUCACCAGACCAGUGAUUUCUUGUUCUGUUACAACCAAUGAAGGAAGUCAAUUGAAAUCUCAAAUCCAGCAACUAAAGGAUGCUAUUGAGAAGCUUUUGAUCUGAAAAAUUUACAAUCCGUAUGAUGGGCUUCUUGAGUUGUGGCAAUUGCUCCUUCUGAGGCUUUGACCGGACGAGCUGUGCUAUGUUUACCCAAUAGGCUUUAUGUGUUAACCUAGAUGAUUUUCUUUACAUCGUGAAAAGUUAUUUGAUAAUACUAUUUUUGUGAUAUUUGGUAUGAGUAAUGUUUUAAAUUGAUACUAUGCAAUUUUAUGGUGAUUCUUAUCAGAGAA